UUCUGUUAGUUUCGUGUCAGAUGCUGUUCGAGAAAGGAUGUAUAACGUGUUAUUACAUACCUUCUUAUGCACACACAAGUUUGUAAUUAACGUUCGUGGACGAAGUAUGACUGUGAUAUGAACUGUAGUUAAAUGUGAAAAUGCCGUGUGUUUUACGUAAUGAAUCAUGAAAUUAGUGCAAAUGAUCGACGGUUUUUCGGUAACGUGAUUAAUAAUUUGUGCUAAGAAAAAUACUUCACAAUGUGGUUACAAACGUGCGCGUUUUUACUGGUGGUAACCGGAGUUUAUGCAAAAUUCGAAGGGCCGGAGCAGUGUACGUGGGUAGCCGACAAUAACAGUACUUCAACUGGAAAAUUUUUGGUUACGUGCAAAUUUAGAACGUUGGACGGUUCCGGCACCAAUCUUAGCGCACUUCCAGUUGAAGGUACUUCCAAAUUAAAAAUCCAAUGCAGCGACAUGUUGUACUUUGAGAGCGAACUUCCCUCACACGGUCUUCAACGUCUGCAUGAAUUAGCAGAACUACAAGUCGAAAAUUGUAAAAUCUUAAAUUUGGCCGCCAACAGUUUCGAAGGUUUAGUUAACUUGAAGAAGCUUUCGAUUAAUAGUCGUAACGUGGAUUGGGGAUCGGGGAAGGCCUUACAAUUAACAGGAUCGAGCUUUGCGGGACUUAGAGAACUACAUAGUUUAAGCCUCGCCGAUAACAACAUCCGCAAUUUACCAGACGACAUCUUCUGCCCGCUUACUAAUCUGCACACCCUAAAUUUGACACAGAAUCGCAUAAGGAGCUCCGAGAGGAUCGGAUUUGGCGAUACAACUGCUCCCAGGUCCGGUUGCGGUAGCAGCGAUCUACAAAUUCUUGAUUUGUCGUAUAAUGAGAUACGGUUACUCCCCGAGGACUCUGGAUUGUCUCGUUUACGACGGUUGCAGCAGCUCGACUUGAAGUACAAUAAUAUAAGUGAAAUCUCCGGCGAAGCUCUUACCGGUCUUGUUUCACUACGCGUCCUCAAUUUGGCCAACAAUAAGAUCGAAAUGUUGCCCCAAGGAAUGUUUGCCAGUGCUCGUGAACUUCGCGAAGUACAUUUACAAAACAACUCGCUAUUUUCUCUUGCCAAAGGGUUGUUUCAUAGGUUGGAACAACUUUUAGUGUUAGAUUUAUCGGGAAACCAAUUAACGAGCAGUCACAUCGAUGCCGGGACAUUUAUUGGACUAAUUCGUUUGAUUGUGCUUAAUUUAUCGCAUAACGCACUAACGCGCAUCGACGGUCGCACGUUUAAGGAUCUCUUCUUUUUGCAAAUCUUGGAUUUAAGGAACAAUUCAAUCGGAUUUAUUGAGGAUAACGCGUUUCUCCCGUUAUACAAUUUACAUACGCUAAAUCUCGCCGAAAAUCGUUUGAAUACAAUCGGGCCUCUAUUAUUUAACGGGUUAUUUGUUUUGAGUAAAUUGACGCUUAACAAUAAUUUAAUCGUAAGCGUCGAUUCGCAAGCCUUUCGCAAUUGCUCCGAUUUAAAGGAGCUGGAUUUGAGUUCGAACGCGCUGCAGGACGUCCCCGACGCGAUCCAAGAGUUAGCAUUUUUGAAAACGUUAGACUUGGGCGAAAAUCAAAUUAAUUCGUUUCGGAAUGGAUCGUUCAAGAAUUUAAAUCAACUCACCGGUUUGAGGUUAAUCGAUAAUAACAUUGGUAACCUAUCGAAGGAUAUGCUUUGGGAUUUGCCCAGUUUGCAAGUCCUGAAUUUGGCGAAGAAUAAAAUACAAAGUAUCGAGCGGGGUACGUUCGAGCGGAAUACGCAAAUUGAAGCCAUUCGUUUGGACGAAAACUACCUUACGGAUAUAAACGGGGUAUUUGCAACUCUGGCCAGCUUACUAUGGUUAAAUUUAUCCAAAAAUCAUUUAGUGUGGUUCGAUUACGCUUUCAUACCGAGUAAUUUGAAGUGGUUAGAUAUUCACGGCAACUUUAUAGAACAUUUAGCUAAUUAUUAUAAAAUUCAAGAUGAAAUUAAAGUGAAAACUUUGGACGCUAGUCACAAUAGAAUAACGGACAUUUCUCCUAUGUCGGUACCAAAUAGUAUUGAGUUGCUCUUCAUUAAUAAUAAUUUUGUAAAAACCGUGCACGCGAAUACGUUCCUAGAUAAAACUAGUCUGGUGCGGGUCGAUAUGUACGCGAACGAUUUAGUGAAUAUGGACUUGAACUCUCUGAGACUUUCUCCGGUACCAACUAACCAUUCUCUCCCAGAGAUCUACAUCGGAGGUAAUCCCUUUCAUUGUGAUUGCACAAUGGAAUGGCUGCAGCUCAUUAACAACAUGUCAACGGUUCGCCAAUAUCCUCGUGUAAUGGAUUUGGACAACGUCGUGUGUCGAAUGACACAUUCGCGAGGUAUGACCCAUAUGCCUCUUACUAGAGCUAAACAAAGUGAUUUUCUCUGUACUUACGAAACGCACUGUUUCGCCCUGUGCCACUGUUGCGACUUCGACGCCUGCGAUUGCGAAAUGACCUGUCCUACGAAUUGUUCCUGUUACCACGACCAAACCUGGAAUACCAACGUCGUCGAUUGUUCCGGCCAAAACGUAAACGAAAUUCCACAUCGUAUUCCCAUGGACGCCACCGAAGUGUACCUAGACGGAAACGACUUCAAAGAACUCCAAAACCACGUUUUUAUCGGUCGAAAAAACAUGCGAGUGCUUUACGUAAAUAAUAGUGGAAUUGAAACGAUACAAAAUCGAACUUUCAACGGUCUAAACAACCUGCAAAAUUUACAUUUAGAGGACAACCGCAUACGCGAAUUAAAGGGGUACGAAUUCGAUCAUUUAGCGCAAUUGAAGGAGUUGUAUUUACAGAAUAAUUUAAUCGCCCAUAUAGGUAAUUUAACUUUAGUGCCCCUUAAAUCGUUAGAGAUCCUACGUUUGGAUGGGAAUAAGCUGGUCGCGUUUCCCGUUUGGCAAUUAUCUCAAAAUUUACGUUUAAUUGAGGUAACCUUAGGCAACAAUCAUUGGUCGUGCCGUUGUAAAUUUCUACAGGAGUUAUCUGCGUGGGUUAGUGAUAAUGCCGGUAAAGUAGUGGAUAGUUCCGAUAUUACGUGUUACAAUAUGGAUUCGAAACCUCCGCAGCGUCGCGAAAUUGACCUAAACAGCACCGCUUGCAGUGACUAUUACGCGGGUGGUUCGGUUAUAGAUAGCAUGUUUAUCUCGGAUUAUCUUCCGAUGGCGGUUGUGACUUUGUGCAUUGUACUGUUAUUGCUAUUGGGGUUGGUGUUUUGGUUUUCGUUCCGCGAUUCGGCACGUAUUUGGUUAUACUCGCGUUAUGGGGUUCGACUGUGCAGUUUUCGCGCGACGACCGCGAAACAGUGCGAGGACAGAGACAAAUUGUACGACGGUUUCGUUUGUUACAGCCCGAAGGACGAAGAAUGGGUUGUGCAAUCUUUAGCCGUCGAGUUAGAGCCGAGUUUCCAAUUGUGUUUACAUUACAGAGACUUGCCGCACGCCGCGUAUUUACAGCAUGCCGCCCCAGCCGUUUUAGAAGCCGCGGAAGCCAGCCGUAGGGUUAUUUUAAUCUUAACUCGAAAUUUCCUUCAAACGGAAUGGUCGAGGUUUGAACUGCGCCAAGCCCUACACGAAGCUUUGAAGGGUAGGGUGUUUAAGUUGGUUAUUUUAGAAGAGGGUCCUAUUCCGGAGGCCGAACUCGAUCCGGAGCUAAGGCCGUAUUUAAAAACCGGUCAACGUGUGCGUUGGGGUGAAAGACGAUUCUGGGAAAAGUUGCGUUACGCUAUGCCUUCGGUCGAACCUCGAGGCAAAAUAAAUGCAAAUUACCGCCGUAAUGUAAAUAAUUAUACGAUAGACUCGCGUGUGGUAGCCAACGGCACGCAUCAUAACACUUAUCCUGAAAAAAUUAAGAAUCCUCCGCCGCCAUCCCCUGGUUUGCAAAUGUUUCCGCCGCCGGCGUACACGGCGGGGAUGUCUCAGGAAGUAGACGAUGCGAACUACUCGUCCGCGACGACCGCGACGCCUUCACCGAAACCGAUACGUCGCGUGCAAGAACCACGUCCCCUUUCGGACCACAUCUAUUCUAGUAUCGAUUCCGACUACAGCACCUUAGAACGUGGUGGUUCGGGUCGGAGAGGACCCCCAUGGAGACCUCAAGUUAUGAUGCAUCAUCAUUCUGGAGGCGGUAGCGGCCAGGCCUACCUCGUGUGAUAACCCCAUUGACUGAUUAGGCGUAAGAAAGACUUUUUAAUAAUACUGACUAUAAGACUCGCAUCGUGUAAUUUUUGUUCCCUUAUUUUUGUACAUUUUUGUACAUAGCGAUAUAUUUAUUUGAUGAUGAUUUUUUUUUGUAUAAUUUGUGUAUAUUUUAUACCAGUUGCGAAACGAAUAAUAAAUGCAAU